AUGCCCCGAGAGGCUCAACAGCCUCCUACCGAUCUCCUGGACAGGCUGCAGCGGCUAGCAGGCUAUACCUGGGAUGAGUCGAGGCAAUUUCGCUCCAGCUAUGGCGUAUGGCAUAUUUUCGGCACAAAACACUUUGUCGAUACCACCAGGUCGCGUCAUGUUCUACCCGUCCGUCCUCGAACCGUGUCAUCUCUCGAACAACACAACGAUGGCGCAAAUGGUGUUGCGCCCGAUGACGCCCGUAUAGCGGCGGAGAAAGGCCGGGAGAGUGCGAUGGAAGUGGUGGCGCGUAUUUCUGAGAGCCCAGAUCAGGAAGAAAAAGCGAAGGAGGAGUACCGGAGGCUGGCCGCGGUGGCCGAUCCACACUACAACUGUCUCCUGCGGCCCCUGGAGCUGAAGCGAUUACCCAGUCGCGAUCAAGAGAGCGAGCCACCGCUGGUGGUCUGCAUCUACGAGAGCCCCGGUCCGAAUGACUUGUUGAAAUACGUGGACUGCAGCCCGACCUGGUAUCGCGACGUUCCCGAAGCGGAUGGAAGUGACGAGGAUCAUCAUGAUAACGGCAAGGACGAGGACGAUGGUGAUGACGAUGAUGACGAUGACGAUGACGAUGAUGCGAUUUCAGUGCGGCGCAAUCGGAACGAGCCGAUGCCGCUGUCCACCUUUCUAGAUUUCGCCAUCGGCGCCGCGGAGUGCAUCAAAAUCCUCCAUAGCCAGCAGAUUGUCCAUGGGGAGAUCAGGGCGGAUGCCUUUCACUUCAGUGAAGAGACCGGCAAGGUGAAGCUGAUCCAUCUUGGAGCUGGUCGGAGGCGUUGCCACUCCGAUCUUUCGAAUGCAACCUAUUCCGCUCUUGCCAACCAGGACGGUGCUACGGCCAGGAUAUCAUUCAUGAGCCCGGAGCAAACUGGCCGGACGCCCAUUCAGCCCGACAGUCGAGCCGAUAUCUAUUCCCUGGGCAUCCUCCUGUGGAGCGCUCUUGUCCAGGAGACGCCGUUUUGCGGCAGGACCCCCAUGGAAAUCAUCAGAGCAGUGUUGGGAGAGGAACUUCCUCUGGUAUCGAGCUUGCGGCCGGACGUUCCGGACCUCGUCGCGCGAGUGAUCGCCAAAGCAACCGCCAAGAACGUCUCGGAGCGGUACCAUUCCGUGAGUGGUCUGCGACAUGACUUCGUGGAGUUGCGGAGGCUACUGGCUACGAAAGUGCCUGACGAUGAGGGCAAUAAUGGAGAGGAAGCAGCUAAAGCCGCAGAACUGGGUAACUGGAAAAUUGGCAGCAAGGAUGUCUCUCCGUUCUUCACGCUGCCGCGCAUCAUGGUGGGCCGGACACAGGAGCGGAAUGCCAUUGUGGAGAUUCUGGACCGGACGUAUCAGAUGUACCAGGCUGGAAAAGGGCUACAGCUGUCGUCGCUGCCCGAGGGUCAAUUCGCCACGUUCGAUGCUUUGGCCUUCCCAGGCGACACCCCCGGCGAAGAGGAUGGCCACAACGCGAUGGACGGCUUUUCCAACUUGCUGGCCUCCACAGGCGGCGUCCGCCGCUCAUAUCCAGCCAAUACGACCCGUAUGCGGUCUCCUGCCGACUCGCGGUACGGCUCGUUCGAGAGCAUCGAAUCCGUAUCAGCGGGGUCGGACGCAAAGACGGCGGAUAAGCGACUGUCGACUCCAUCGAUUGACAGCGCCAGUGUGGAGGGAAGCUCCCGAUCCAGCGACAGUGCCGGCAGGACAGCCGCGCAUCGCAUGAUGGUGCCGAAAGGACGAUGCGAGCUGAUCACCAUCGAGGGAGGCGCUGGCUUGGGCAAGACCCGGCUGAUCACAUCCGUGCAGAUUGAAGCCAGACAGCGAGGCUUCUUUGCCAGUUCCCGGUUUGAUCCUGCCGCCAAAGAACGCUUGCGUCCGGUUCUGCAACUAUUUUCCAGCCUGUUCGAGCAGGCGUUCUCGGAGAAUACUAUUGAGCCUAGCUUCCUGCCGAUGUUGAGGAACCAUAUAGGGUCUGCGUGGAACACUCUACACAAGGUUCUGGGUCUUCCGAAAUUCCUCCUAGGAUCGGGUCCCGACUUGCCAGACCGGGCGUCGAAGGGUGCUACUGCCGCAGUCCCAUCCUCCUCCCGGCACACCGGGACUCCGAGCUCCCAAGAGUUUCUUCGGACAGGAUCCUCUACCAAGUCCUUGCCGCUCGUCCGGACCUUGCUGGAUAUUCUGCGAGCCUUCUCGCGAUACAAACCGCUGUGCCUCUGCUUGGAUGACGUCCACUUUGCGGACGAAGAGUCGUUGGAGCUUGUUGCUCAGAUCGUUUCCGCUAGGAUCCGAAUGGUGGUUAUUCUGGCUUACCGGCCUGAAAAUGCCUCCUCGGAAAUGACCAACCAUAUCUUAGAUCUUUGUACCAAUGAAGGGUUCCGAAAGGGAAGAGACGUGGGUAUUACGACCAUCACCCUUUCUCCACUCAACGAAGACAGCGUGAUGGAAUAUGUCGCAAAUACCCUCUAUCUAUCCGUCCCUCUUAUUUGGCCCUUGGGGGCGCUCAUUCAAUCCCGGACUGGUGGGAACCCCUUCUAUAUCCGAGAAAUGUUGAGCGUUUGCUACCGACAGAAAUUCGUCUGGUACGACUACCAGGAAGGAUCGUGGUCGUUUGAUCUUCGCCGCAUCUCGGAUCAUUUCAAGGCAGACGACUACCACGAGGCCGUGCUCGAUGAUUUCUUGGUCAUUCGGUUGAACAGCUUACCGCCUGUCACCAAGUCAAUCCUGGCCUGGGCAUCCUCUGUGGGAAUGACCUUCUCCUUUCAACUGGUGCGGAGGCUUUACAGCGGCGAUAAGACGGCUCCUGAAGCAGGCUUGCCCGAGGUGGAGAUGAUUCAAGCUCUUCAGCCCGCCAUGGAAGCCUACGUGAUCGCACCCACAAAGCACCAUGACGUCUUCUCUUUCACGUAUAACCGUUAUAUGCACAUUGCAGCCUCGUUCCACACAAAGGCCAAAGACCAAGUCAACUUCAUUAAAGCACAAGUGCUGUUCCACUAUUAUUCCCACGAUGACAAGUACCGCAAUAUGCUGGCAUCGGCCAUCAUUGAAUCCGCCCCGGUCAUCAAACGCUGCGUGACCAGACGACAGCCUUUCCGCAAGUUCCUAGUGGACCAUGCGAAAGCCGCCAACAAGACCGGCUACCGCUCAACCGCCAUUGACUCGUAUGCGUGUUGCAUCGUCCUGCUUCAGGAUAACAUGUGGGAUGACAACUCGGAGGACGUGAGCUAUGACGAGACGCUGCACAUUUUUACCGCCGCUGCGGAGUGCUACCUGUACCAAGGACAGCACGCCGAAGCUAAUCGCUUGCUGCAGUCCAUCCUCUCGAAUGCGCGCAGCGCGGUGGACAAGGCCCCAGCGUGGAUCUUGCAGUCGCGCAUGCUUGCGCAGCAAGGUAACUCGACCGAUGCUUUCCAGGCGCUGAAAGCGUGCCUCGUGACUUUGGGUCUUGAUAUCGAUGAGGACCCGACUUUCGCCAAAUGCGACAAUCAAUUCCGGCGCCUGCGCGACGCCAUUACAGCGAUCGACUCGGAGGGCAUCGCCGAAAAGACCCCUGUGGAGCAUCCCAACUUGGCUGCUGCCGGUGCGGUUCUCGUAGAAGCCACCCGGGCGGCAUUCUGGUCUGAUACGCUGACCUUCUAUCAGAUGACACUGGUCAUGGUCGAUACCUAUCUCACUCGCGGUACGUUUCCCCAGGCCGGCAUGGGACUCUUGCAGUUGGCUGUGAUUGCGAUCUCUCGGGACAGUGCGAUUUCCUUCGCCAGUCAUUGUGGGGACCUCGCCUUGGCACUGAUUGAGCAAUGGAAAGAUCCCAAUACCAUGGGACGUGGCAUCGCGCUAUACUCGACCUUUGUUGGUCAUAUCAAACAUCCCGUCCAGUCGUCUAUUGGGCAAUUGGAGGGGGCCUUGGAUUUUGCCAUCCGCGCCGGUGACCGGAUUGCAACGAUCUUGAACUAUGGAUUUCUGGCCACCGCGAAAUUCUUUGCCUUUGAAAACCUAGCGGAGCUGGAGAACUUUUGCGUCUCCAGUUGUGAGGAUAUUCCUCACUGGCAGUCAGAUACCCCCGGCGGCACGAUCCUUAUGGCAAUAUGCCAGGUCUGCCGUGCUCUACAAGGGAAAACAUUCACGCACGACCCUAUGGGGGUGAUGAGCUGCGAGGAGCACAACUCGACCGCCUACAAGCAUUGGCUGGUGACAACGAUCAAGAACAGCGACCGUCCCCUCAUGCUCUAUGAAAGCAUGGAAAUGGCUCCAUUGUUCCUUUAUGGGCACUACGGCCGGGCGGUUGCACUGGGAAAUGCCUGCCUCAAAAAGAUCAAUGCUGUAUGGUCUGCACGGGACACGAGGUUCCUUAUGUUCUUCCAUUCCCUUUCUCUAGCUGGAUCCGUAUGGGUCCGGAAGCAGGAGCAGCUCGAUGCCACUUAUCAGGCAGGUUACUCCCAGCCGGCCUCGGAUGUAGACGGGCGGUCGCUCGAUCCCUCUCUGAAGGCAGACAUGGUCGGCCUGGCGAGGAUGCUGAGGUAUUUCAGGCGAAGGAUCGAACAGUGGCAGGCUGUUUCAGAUGUGAACUAUCUGGCGUGGUCUAAGAUGCUCGGCGCCCAGGUCGCGGAGAUGGAAGGUGAUCAAGCCGCGGCUCUACGCCUCUACCAAGAGGCUUUAGAUCAUACUUCCACCCAUGGUUUUAUUUUUGAAGAGGCCUUGGUCCAUCAUCUGUUGGCUGGCCAUCUGAUACGCGAGGGCUCUUCCCGACUAGGCACUCUCGCUCUCAAGGAGGCAGUUACUCUUUAUCGGCGGAUGGGGGCCACCGGGGUCGCUGAUCAUAUCCUGCAGUCGCAUGAUCUGCAACAAAGGGUAAAGGACGCACGAGAGGCGGCUACUCAAACCGACGCGGAAGAAAUGACUGUAGCGACUAGACCACGAGUGACCACUACCAACACCGACGACACCUCCAGCAUCGAAGAUGCCGUGGGGGACCGUGCCCUCCACAUAUUGGAUCUCACCUCCAUCCUGGAAGCGUCACAGGUGAUUUCCAGCGUUCUCCGGGUGGAUGAGCUGCUGCGUACCAUGUGCAAGAUCAUCAUGCAAAGCUGCCAUGGUGUCGCUACCCUAGCAGCCAUUGUCACCAACGAGGAGGAGAAGGUCGGGUGGGCAGUGGCGGCCAGUGGGAAUGCGGCCGGACAUAUCAAAGUACAUAAUCCUCCCACUCCGAUUCGCCAAUCCAAUCUUGUGGCCGAGAGCAUUGUCAACUACUGCGUACGCUUCCGCGAAGCGGCUUAUUUGCCAGAUGUCCUGCAGGAUCCGCGGUUUAGCCACGUUAGUGAGACCUGGGUCGCGCAGAACCCGGUCAGCAAAUCCGUCAUGGCCUUGCCCAUUUCGCCCGGCGGCGACGAGAGUGGACCCAAUGUGGUGCUGUAUCUGGAGGGUCCACCGAACGCCUUCUCGUAUCGCACGCGGGUCGUUUUGCAGUUGCUCGUGGUGCAGCUCGGGAUCAGUUAUUCCAAUGCGCUGACACUCCAGGAAGUCGAACGCGUGUCCACGAUCAACCAAUCCAUGGUUGAGGCGCAGAAGAAGGCCCUGGCGGAAGCGAUGGCGGCCGAGCAGAAGGCAAAUGUGGCCAAGGCGGAGGCCCUGCAUCACGCCAAACUGGCCGAAGAGGCCGCUAAGGCCAAGAGCAGCUUCCUCGCUAAUAUCUCCCAUGAGCUACGGACUCCUCUGAAUGGGGUCAUUGGCAACUCUGAACUCUUACUCAGUAGUCCACUGCCCGAGGCGCAGUUGGAAAUGGCCGAGUCGAUCCGCAUGUCGGCGAACCUGCUCCUCGCCGUGAUUAAUGACAUCCUCGACUUCUCCAAAGUUGAGGCGAACAAGAUGCAGUUGCACAUUGUCCCAUUCGACGUCGAGAGAAUGGUAAUGGAAGUCGUUCGCUCGAUCCCGACCGAUUCCAAGAACGGGCCAAGGUCGAGCGAUGUCCACAUUGUGCAUGACAUUCAACUCCAGGAAACCCGUCACGUAUGUGGUGAUCCCGUGCGCCUGAGACAGAUCCUGGGAAACCUGCUAGGAAACAGUCUGAAAUUCACGGAAAAGGGGUCCAUCACUGUCGGAGCCCGCGCGGAACAUGAAACCGAGGAGUCUGUCCGUCUUUCCUUCUGGGUGGCCGACACGGGGAUUGGCAUCCCCGCUGCACUCAUCCCCCGGCUGUUCAGACCCUUCACCCAAGCCGAUGCCAGUACCGCGCGCCGGUUUGGGGGUACCGGACUAGGGCUCAGUAUUUGCAAACUUCUGGUGGAAUUGAUGGGCGGCACAGUCGACCUCAAAAGCACCGAGCAUGUCGGAACGACCGUUUCCUUUGCAGUCACAUUUCCCAAGGCGAUCCCGGGAGAUUCGGGACGUACUACACCGACGCGGUCCAGCGACGGCAGCCCGGGCGUGAUCGACCAACAGCCACCCCUGGAACUGCUGGAUUUAGCUAAUGUCCGCCUUAAAGACCUCCGCGUCUGCAUCGCAGAAGACAACCUCAUCAACCAGACGAUCACCGUCCAGUUCCUCAAGAAACUAGGCUUUACCCGGAUAGACACCUACAACAACGGCCUCGAAGCCGUAGAGGGCAUCCAGAGGCAAGCCAGCCGGGACCAACCAUAUCACAUGAUCCUGAUGGAUGUUCAGAUGCCCGUCAUGGACGGGUAUGACGCCACGCGGCGUCUGCGUCAGCAUCCUAUGGACGCUGUCAGGCGGAUACUCAUUAUCGCGCUUACAGCGUCGGCGAUCCAGGGAGAUCAGCAGCGGUGUUUGGCGUCGGGGAUGAAUGACUACCUGGCGAAGCCGGUCCUGCUGGCGGCUUUGAAGAAGAAAUUCAGCAAGUAUUUGAGCAUCGUAUGA